AUGGGCACCUUGCGCGAUCUCCAGUACGCGCUCCAGGAGAAGAUCGAGGAGCUGCGUCAGAGGGACGCGCUCAUCGACGAACUUGAACUGGAGCUGGACCAGAAAGACGAACUUAUACAGAAAUUACAGAACGAACUGGAUAAAUACCGCUCCGUCAUUAAGCCGGCCACCCAACAGGUCCACAAGCAGAAGGAGCUGCAAGAGCAGCAGCGAACGAAGAGGCAGGCGAUCUCGGCCGAACCCACUGCCUUCGACAUUCAGGAUCUCAGCCAUGUCACCCUGCCUUUCUACCCUAAAAGCACACAGUCCAAGGAUCUGAUCAAGGAGGCCAUCUUGGAUAAUGACUUCAUGAAGAACUUGGAGCUGUCGCAGAUCCAGGAGAUUGUGGACUGCAUGUACCCUGUGGAGUAUGGAAAGGACAGCUGCAUCAUUAAGGAGGGCGAUGUGGGCUCGCUGGUCUAUGUUAUGGAAGGUAAAAACACACAUGCAUGGAGGUAA